GGUUACAGCUCUGCUAUAUAACUUCGAAGCGGGAAGGCGAGAGACGGGAAGAGAGAGAGAGAGAGAGAGAGAGAGAGAGAGAGAUAUGAAGAAGAAGGCGGGAGGAAGUGACGAAGAGGGCGGAUCGGGAUCGGCGAGGCGGGCGAAGGGCUCGGAGACACAGGUGGAUGUGUUGCCGAAGGAGGUCGUGUUGCAGAUGGUGAAGGAUAUGCUCGCUCGUCUGUCCGACGAGCUGGGGGACAAAGAGGAGGUCGUGGUGGAGGACGAUGUGCUCCUCGCAUUCACCGAGAGCACUUGUGCCUUCAUCGACCAUCUAUGCGCCAGGGCAAGGGAUCUUUGCAAGCAAAGUGGGAAGAAGACGGUGGAUGCUGAUCACGUUCUCGACGCCCUCAAGGAUAUCAACUUCCCCCAUUUCGUUCGAGACCUUGAAGCCGCUCUGGAGGGUUAGUCCUUUUUCUUUUGAUGCAAGAUUCAUCCACAUCGUGUUGGGUUCUCCCUCUUUCUAGUUGUCUUCUUAUAUGCGGUUCACCUCAGACUUCUUGCAUGCUCAGCGGUUGAUGGUGGAGAG